AUGAAAUGUCCGCUGUGUUGCGAGUUUGUGCCCAAUGAGGAGCUGCUACAAGACCACUAUCUGACUACCUGCUCGGGUCUUGCGGAGGAAAGUGAAGAUGAGGUGGUGCUAGAGGGGGGUAACAAGAAGAAGUUUCAGUACAUUUCACCUACUACACCUGAUCAGGAGAUCUACUUCCUCUCUACUUCACUUGAUACUCCACAAGUGACGCUGGUGAAGGUAUCUGACGACUUAUUCCAAUCUAAAGAGGUAGUAGUACCGGAGGGCACAGUGUGUGAGGGUCAGCUGGUGGUGGGGGAGGAUGUGUUAUCUGUUGCUCCUUUUAGCACUGUCGGAACUAUCAUUACACUUCAUGUUACACGUCGUGAGUUUGACACGUGGUCCACACACAGCUCUAAAAGUUCCACAACCAGUGCCGGAGAGAGAGUGAUUCUCAAACACAGUGCAUCAAUGUCCAGCCUCUCAUCUCAAAGUACAGGAGAGAGUAAAGGAAGGAGAAGGCGCACAUUGUCCGACCAGAGUAGCCUGGGAUCUCCUAAACAAGAUCACAUGAUCACACUAUCAUCUGAUUUAAAGGAUCACGUGCUUCCAUCAUCAGAUUCCAGUUCUAGUCAAGUCACAGAAACGAGACACAUCAUGGCUGAGAGGACAAGUAGUAAAGACAGUAUUAAUAAAGCAGCAGGGAACCCUGAUCAUAAGACGGGACCUCGUCGCAAACGUAGACAUAGACGGUUUCAUGCAGACAGCUCAACUAUAAUACAUGAUACAAUAUCGAGUACCAGUAGUGCUGCUACCAGUAGCCCGGCGACUAACAGUGCUAAAGUACUGGACUGCACUCUUGUUAACGACAACACUGUACUUCAGGAGAAAGAGGUUCAAGAUCUAAAGGCAGAGAUAAGUAAACUGAGAAUAGAAAAUAGGAAACAAGCAAAAGAACUGAACACCCUAUCAAAGGUAAUUGACGGACCACUCGGGCCACAAACCGAAGCAGAGAUCGUCAAACGAGAAAACAACGAGCUAAAACAGGAACUGAGCGAGCUUCGUAAGACAAUGUUACGGCAGGAGCAGAACUAUAACAAGAAAAUAGGGAACACAAGACAAGAUCCGGUUGAGGACUGGAAGAAAGGACAGAUAGAUAAGUUACAUCGGCAACUUGCUGAGGCUGAGCAAAGGGCAGAGGAAUGUUUAGCAGACAAGAUGAAGUUUGAGGAGGAAUUGCUGCGAGGAAAAGAGAAGAUUGCUCAACUGAGGGAAACUAGGGACACAUUGAGAACCACAAACGAGAGUAUGAACAGUGAGAUGAAGAAAACAACAGAAAAACUCGAGGCUGAGAUUUCGGAGCUUCACAGCAAGUACCUGGCACAAGGACGGGAGCUGGGGGAAGCAGAGAAGUUGUCCCAAUCAGCGGACAACAUGCGGGGUCUGGUGGAGAGACUGACGAUUGAGAACGAGGAGCUAACACGUCAGAACAACCAGCUCUCCCUUCAAACUUCAGAGUUUGAGAAAAUGAUAGAGAAGUUGAAGAACAAAGUUUCUUCCCUGGAGAUAGAGUUGGAAUACAAGAGGAAAAGAGACGCGGAGGAGGAGGAAAAGAAAUGGAAGAAGAGGGAGGAAGAUGAUGAUUUGGCCUACCUGAAUAGAAGACAGGCGAGGCAGCAUCCUCUAAUUGCUAAAACAGAGGACACAACUUACAAACCAACUGUUCCUGGUCAGCUUAAUUUCAACGACGAAGAUCUGAUGGCAUCCACACCUUACACAAGGAAAUCUGCACCCCUCAACAUGACUGAUCAGAACCGUAAAUCAGAGUUCCUGUCUUCAACUCGUGUUCCGGAGCAUUCAUCAGAUCAGCUGCACCGCAAGACAGACUCGUACAUGAAGGACAGACAGUCAGAUCACGCGGUGGAGAGCACCAGAAGGACGAAAAUUAGCGAGUCUGAGUUCGAUGGGAAGCUCCCAGCCGAGAAUAACCUGCCGUUUGAGAGCAAGUACUCAAAACCAACCUCCUACUCCAAACCAUCAGCAGCUGCUGCUGAAGAAGACGACACAUAUCGAGAGGCACUGGCUAUCGUGGAGAAGUACAAGAAACUCGACCUGAGCGCAGAAAACACAGUUUCUGACGAAAACAACAAGCCCAAACCGUUCAACAACUUAUCCAGUGUGUACGAUAGAAUCAAGGCUGAAUCUGCCGAUAACAGCUCUGACAAAAGGAAAAUCAGUGAGAAGAAGUGGUCUAGUGGAGUGGAGGAGAACAACAACUUGGAGCCCAAUUUGAACAAUAACGACGCUAAACCAUGGAACUCGACAGCCUGGUUACGUCAGCAGGUUCCAGAGACCAACUACGACGGUGCCGUCACCGGAUACAACGGAGGCUCAGGAGCGAGCCCCAACAUCGGAUACACUUCUACCAACGGGUACGGAUCAGAUCAGAUGGAUUAUAUGAGAUCUGGUGGUGGCACAAGGAAGUAUGAUCCCGCCACGAGAUACUCCUACAGUGGCAAGUCUUACGCCCUACCGGAGAAGAAUAAUGCCACCAGUAACAGAGUAAGAAUGCGAGAUAGUGAUGAUGAAGCGGAAAAGGCCGAACCCAGGGCCACCCAACCACCCCAAAACAUAAACGAAGUACAACUGGGAUGUCGAGUGGUGUUCAAGAGAGGGACUGACCUCGAACGGGGCACAGUUCGAUACGCGGGACGAUUGGUCGGCAAGGAUGGUCAAUAUCUGGGUAUAGAGCUUAACACAAACACAGGAAAUCACGAUGGCACCUAUCAAAACCACACCUACUUCAAAUGCAAGCCUAAACGCGGUAUUUUCAUCCCGAUUAAUAAAGUACAGUUGGUUUACCCCUCCGUGUGAACACUCUGCCUGGACACAAAGCCAACCUGGCCUCUACCUAAUACUAAUAUUCUGCACUGAUGGACACGACUGGAUUAAAGAGAUGGUGGUGAGAGAAACGAGACGAUCUGUUCUGUUUUGUAUCUUUGUACAGACUGAGACGACGAUUUGAAAUGUUGUAUCAUAAUAUGAUCUAGAAUUAUUUGUUGUAAGUAGAUUUAAUAUUAUUCUGUACAGAAGGAGUUUGACCAAUGAAAGGACUUCACGAAGGAUCUAUUAUAUAUUGUAAGGAUUAUCUGUUUUAAUACAUUGAUCAGUGAUCACCGAAAAGGACAAAGGUGCUUGUUGAUAUACGUUUUUAUUUUAGGAUAUUUAGAUGCAUUAUUUUGCUUUAAACAACUCUGUCGUAGAACAUAGAAAGUCUAGACAGUAAAAUACGUGAUUUCUCUUAAUUCUAUACUAUACUUUGAAGUAAGUGAAAUCUUAAAAACAAUAUACACACCUUGGCUUGACGUCACCACUAUAUAGGUUUUAACUGCAUCGGGUAUAGGAUUUCUACCUGCCCCAGAACCUCAUGCCCCAGAACCUCGUGCCCCAGAUUUGUAGCUUCAGGACGUUGUGCUACAGUACUUGAACUUCGUGUCUCAAAAUCUCGUGCCCAGGUCUAUUUUUUAUCUUUUGAAGACAAAUGUGUUUAAGUCUAUUUAUGAAGAGUUAAGUCAAUAUUUAUGAAUAUUUACCUUAUUUAAGAAGUUCUGCACUGUAUUUAUUUUGUCAACAAGUUAUACCAGGCAGAUCAUGUUUUACA